AUGGAUGCUUUGAGGGAAAUGCCAGGCUAUGCAAAAAUAAUGAAGGACAUGAUGUCACAGAAAUUUGACUUUCAGGACCUGUUCACAGUAACUCUGACACAGACAUGCAGCGCAGUAGUGGCAAGACCUAUGUCUCAAAAGAUGUUUGAUCCAGGUAGCUUCACUAUUCCGUGCACUAUUGGGAGUUAUGCUUUUGCAAAAGCAUUGUGCGACUUAAGAGCCAGCAUAAACUUGAUGCCUUUGGCAAUAUAUACGAAACUGGGCAUUGGCAGAGCUAGACCAACUUCGAUGCUGUUGCAACUGGCUGACCGCAUGGUUAAAAGACCGACGGGGAUUCUUGAUGAAGUGCUGACGAUGAGACCCUGA